GACAUGAUCUCAUAAUUUCCGAAACUGACACUUCUGUUUCUUCCAGCCGAUGAGAGGGAGCUUCUCUUGAAAAUUUGGUCGUUGAAUAGUCCGAACAACUUCCCCGCACUGGACGCCAUAGACCCAGUCGCCGUUUCCGGAAGAAAAGGGGAAACUUCCCUUCUACUCCCUCCCUCUCCCCCACUAUCUCUCUCUCUGUAUCUUCAUGUCUUGUGUCUUCAAGUCAGUGACAGUCAACUGUUGAUGAUGUACGAGGUCCCUUCCCCUGAAAGCCGGCAGCUUUCUGAUCCGAUUCCCAAGGGCUCAAGCACCCACCUCGGAGAUUGUCCAGGGGAUCAGGGGCGGGAGGUUUAAAGCUGCGGAAUGCUCCAUUCUCGAUUCGGGGGUCGUCCGGGAGGUUCUUGACGCUUGCCCUCCUCUGAAAAAUUCAAUCUUUCUUGUUGGGUUGCUGCGGUUACUGAUUCAAGCAUGAUGUCUUAAGAUUUUGUUUCUGUUCCGGGAGAUUUGGGGCUUUUAAUACUUGCUAAUUUUGAUGGCUGGUUACAAGAAACUGCGGUCCCAAAGUGCGGCUUGUCGCCGAUUCCUCUUCCUCUUUGUAUUUACAUUGUUCGGGGUUGGGCUGUCUGUAUUCGUGCUUCGGACAAAUUCGGUUUCGAGUAUUGCGAAGGAGCCUGCUGAUGAAUCGGGGCAUGAUGGCGGAAGCAGUUGGCCGCAGAAUCCUAAUCUUCCCAAACAGAGUGAGCUUUCUGCUAGGUUAGAUAAGCAGAAUCAGUUGCCCCCAAGAAACAGAGAUAUGUUCCCUCAUUUAGCAAAAGAUCAUAUAACCAUCGUCCUGUAUGUCCACAAUCGGCCCCAAUACCUCAGAGUAGUCGUCAAGAGCUUAUCCCAGGUGGUCGGGAUUAGCGAGACUCUUCUUAUUGUUAGCCACGAUGGGUACUUCAAAGAAAUGAAUGCGAUAGUUGAGGGAAUAAAGUUUUGCCAAGUGAAGCAGAUUUAUGCCCCUUAUUCGCCCCACCUUUUCCCGGACAGCUUCCCAGGUGUAUCUCCAAGGGAUUGCAAGGACAAGGAUGAUGCCGGAAAGAUCAAAUGCCAGGGGAAUCCUGAUCAGUACGGGAACCACCGAUCGCCAAAGAUUGUUUCCUUGAAGCAUCACUGGUGGUGGAUGAUGAACACCGUUUGGGAUGGGUUGAAGGAGACUCGGGACAAUUCAGGUCAUAUCCUCUUCAUCGAAGAGGACCACUUCAUCUUCCCGAAUGCGUACCGGAACUUGCAGGCCCUCGCAAGGCUGAAGCCCCAGAAGUGCCCUGACUGCUAUGCCGCAAACUUGGCGCCCUCUGAUGUGAAAUCAAGAGGGGAAGGAUGGGAAAGUCUAAUAGCAGAGAGGAUGGGCAACGUGGGGUAUUCCUUUAACAGAACAGUUUGGAGGAAAAUCCACAAGAAGGCAAGGGAGUUCUGUUUCUUCGAUGACUACAACUGGGACAUAACAAUGUGGGCUACAGUUUACCCUUCAUUCGGGGGUCCUGUCUACACCCUCCGGGGGCCGCGCACCAGUGCUGUCCACUUUGGGAAGUGUGGGUUGCACCAGGGACGGGGAGAGAGGAGCGCUUGCAUCGAUAAUGGGGAGUUCAACAUUGAUGUUGAUGAUAUUGAUAAGGUCAGGAACAUAAAACCUCAGUGGAAUGUUCAUGUCUAUGAGAACCAGCCUGGGUAUAAAGCCGGGUUCAAGGGUUGGGGAGGGUGGGCCGAUCAGAGGGACCUCCAGCUUUGCUUAGCGUUCGCCCACUUGUAUCACACUGCAGAGUCAGCGUCAUCUUGAAAAAGCGAGAUUUUUUGAAUUUUGGCCAAUUGUUGUAACUUCAAGUUUUGCAUUACUGUUGUAGCUGGGUUAUUAACAAAGAACGACAACAGUAGCUGUUGUUAGUAUAUCACACGAAUAUGAAUUGUUUCUGCUCAAUAUUUAGUUAAUGGAAUCAAUCAGUCCCUUUAGAGGAUGAUUUACGCAAAAAAAAGGUUCCUCCUGUGAACUAGAAAUACUCCCAGAGAAUUGUUUAUUUAUCCGAUAGAUACUUUUUAUGGAUU